CGGCGGGAGAGCCUCAAAGGGCUCCGGGAGCGGGGCCAUCCGACCGGGCGUAGCGCAGGGGACAUCCGGCUGCGGGCGCCGGGACUCAGGCAGCUGGGUGGCCGCCUCGGGGCGGGGCAGAACGGCACUGGCCCAUGUCGGCGGUGGGGUUGGCGGCGGCGGCGCUGGGAUUCCAGGGCCGGCUUCUCCCCGUGCUCCUCCGGUCGCCGCGGUUCUCUCCGGGCGGCUGCCGGAGCCUCUCAGCCAUGUCUGCAGAAUCUCAUUGGUUAACAACAGAAGAAAGGAACCAAGUUAUACAUGACCUCAAAGCAUCAGGAUGGUCAGAAUUAAAUGAAAGAGAUGCUAUAUAUAAAGAAUUCUGUUUCAAAAAUUUUAAUCAGGAAACUGUUGUGGAACAUGACACCAUCUGUUAUCGUAUCAUUAGUGAAAAGGCUUUUGGAUUUAUGUCCCGAGUUGCACUACAAGCAGAAAAGAUGAAUCACCACCCUGAAUGGUUCAAUGUGUAUAACAAGGUCCAGAUAACUCUUACUUCACAUGACUGUGGUGGACUGACCAAGAGAGAUGUAAAACUGGCUCAAUUUAUUGAUAAAGCUGCUGCUUCUGUUUAACAUCUUGCAAACCACAUGCAAAUAAUACCAAAAUCUUGACUACAAAAUAUGUUGAAGAUAAUUCACAUGACAAAAUAACUUUGAAAUUUCUGGUUUGUCUUAUACUAUGAUAAAGAUGUUUUAUAAUAAGUUAUUAAAUAUUAAAAUGAUUUGAAUUUUUGUCUGGAUCAGUUUCAGUCACACAUUUAAUACAGAGGUAAACCAACUAAAUUUAGUACCUAAUAAUGAAAAGUAAAAACUUCUCUCUUGAAUAUCAGAAAUAAUUUUUGGAAUGCACAAAUAUGGUAUCUGGCAAAUUGAGCACUAAAAACUCAAGCCAGAGGUUUGACUUUUAUAAAUACAUUGGUAUGCUUGACAAUAUUAUAUAAAUUCGAAAAGAUUUAUGAAUUCUGCAAGGUAAGGAUAUUACCCUUACAUCAUAAUUUUAAUAAAAUUGAAGAUCUACCUUGAAUGGAAAUUAUCCCCAUAUAAGUGUCAUGGGGUGCAGAGCACCCCAGAAGUUCUCUGGGGCACACAAGGAAUCUUGUCCUUGAGAAGCUAAACCAGAGGACAGAUUCGCCUAGAGAGAAAAGUGGAACCAAAUC